GUGUCGUGGAUGCCGUCGUCGUCGGAACAUAAGUUUCGGAAGAACUAAUUUGAAUUUCUGGCGCAGAAGAACAAGAAGAAAUCGUGCGGGGUUCGGAGUGACACUGAAUGGUUGAAAGUGCUUAGAAAUAUUAUUAAUGAAAGUGAUUUUGAUUCAUGUUUUAUAAUGAAAAAGUAUUGAAAAAAAGCAAUAAAUAGAAUUAGUGAAACAUUAAAAAAAUAUUUUUUAAAAUAGAAAAAAAAAAAAGUUAAAAGAAAGUCAUUCCCAUUGUAAUGACGAAAUACAACUCGAGUUUAGUGCUAGAAUCCAGCAGCAGCACAAGUUCCCACAAAAACCUUGCAAAAAACUCAGCGAUGAUGGAGCGCAUUAGCAUUAAACAGGAGUUCAGCAGCUUUGGGCAGCGCUACACCUCCUCCAUGCCACAUGGAACCGUCCAUCAUGGUCAAGCACAAGCCACGCUUGCACAUCAACAGCGUUCAUCAACGCAACAGCAGCAACUUCACCACCGCCAACAGCAAUCGGCAAAUUUUUAUCAUCAACAACAACAACAACAGCAACAACAACAACAACAACAUCAGCAACAUUUACAAACACUUUUCAGUCGUUAUGGUGCUGCCGUCGGUAUUGGCGUUGGCUUGAAUUUUGCUGGUGAUGCUGACGAACGGGUUCCAGCAAGCGCAUUCUUCGCCGAACAUAACGGCAGUGCUUGUAAUUAUUCCAAUUCGCGUGACAGCGAUAAGCUCAAUUUGACACCCUCACCAAUCUUUACGGAUUAUGAUGAGAACAGUUUGAGCUCGGAGGAGCAUGUGUUGGCGCCAUUAGUCUGUUCGUCGGCGCAGAUGUCACGUCCCUGUUUGACGUGGGCCUGCAAGGCUUGCAAGAAGAAAAACGUAUCAGUGGAUCGCAGGAAAGCAGCCACAUUGCGAGAGCGUCGGCGAUUGAGAAAGGUAAAUGAGGCUUUUGAGGUGUUGAAGCGACGCACAUCGACGAAUCCAAACCAAAGACUACCAAAAGUUGAAAUUCUCCGCAAUGCCAUCGAGUAUAUUGAGAGCUUGGAAGAUUUGUUGCAGGAAUCAUCACCCACACGCACGAUCGACAGUCUCGCAGAUGGCAUCAUAAGUGGGAAAACGUGUCAGCAAGACUAUUUGAGCUCUUAUACAGGUGCGUAUUUACGACAGAGGUUAAAUAUAUUUCACAAUGGUAUGGAUAAAUUCAACGUUUUUACAGAAUUCGAUUCCUCCUCGGCGAAUGGUUCAAGUUUGGAUUGUCUGAAUUUGAUUGUGCAAAAUAUAAAUCGCAGCGCAGCGCAAAGUGCCCCAGCAGCGAAACCUCUUACAAGCAAUCCUAAUAAGAAUAGCAGUGCAGGUGGCAAUAGUAGCGGUGUUAAUAGUAGCUGUAGUUUAAACAACAAUACCGCCAACAAUGUGCCCGUACCUUCCUCGCCGUCAGCGGCAAGCAUCGGCAGCAACAUAUCCCAAAGUUCGUCGCAAUCCUCGUUAAAUGCGACAUUCAAGCAGAAGUGUACGACAUAAAAGUAAAAUUCUUGAUUAAGGUGACCAAAGCUAAGGGCAGUUGAGAGUGACUGGUGUAGUGAUGAAAGGGUGCUUCUUUUAGACUUGUGGUUUUCAAUUAGCCAAAACUUUUCCCGGGGUUGAUCUUUGUUGAUUUAGACUCAGAUUGGUCUCCCAUUCCGCAAUGAACAGACUAAGUCGGAACAUCGUUUGCAAAUCGUGCAAAUUUUGAUACCAAAAUAUUUCCAAAGUACUUUUUGGUGAAUGUUG